UCGGAUAGUUCUUUUGUUUAUUGUUGGCUUUUAGUUCUUUUGUUUAUGUUGGCUUUUAUUCAUUCUUUUCCAAGAAGCAGACAUAGAGAGUGAAGAUAAACUUGUGCACCUUCUUCAUGGAGGAAAUGUACGGAUUCCAAUCAGCGGUGGUCGACUACGGGGAUAAGUCAGCUGACUACGCCGACAGGGCCCUCAUGACGCCGGAGAAUCUGAUCCUACCGAUGGAUUACCAGAGCCUGCUAUCCUCCGGAGCUUUCCGCGACCAUCGGGUGCCGAUGAUGUUCGGAUCCGACGUCGGCGACUUGUACUCUGCCAUAUCCUCGGCACCGGAGUUUCGGCGCGGAGGAGACGAAGAUGUUUUCGGUGCCAUCAAAGCCAAAAUUGCUUCCCAUCCAAGCUACCCUAGACUCAUUGAGGCCUACAUCGAUUGCCAGAAGGUGGGAGCGCCUCCGGAGAUAGCGAGCUUCUUGGAGGAAAUCCGACGAGAAAACGACCUAUAUAAGCGGGAAAGAGACGCUGCUAUGUCCACGUGUUUAGGGGCCGAUCCCGAGCUCGACGAGUUCAUGGAAACCUACUGCGAUAUGCUCGUCAAGUACAAAUCCGAUCUCGCAAGGCCUUUUGAUGAAGCCACCACUUUCUUGAACAAGAUUGAAACGCAGCUCAGCAAUCUCCGCAUUCGAACUCUAUCCGAUGAAGGUGCUGCGUCAUCAGAGGAGGAGUUCAGCGGAGGUGAAUUAGAGGUACAAGAAGCUCAGACUAGGGGAGAAGAUCGAGAUCUCAAAGAUAAACUUCUACGUAAGUUUGGCAGUCACAUUGGCACCUUGAAGCUGGAGUUCUCCAAGAAGAAGAAGAAAGGAAAGCUUCCGAAGGAGGCAAGACAAGCCUUACUUCAGUGGUGGAGUGUUCACUAUAAAUGGCCAUACCCGACGGAGGCUGAUAAGAUUGCACUGGCGGAAUCAACAGGGCUCGAUCAGAGGCAAAUCAACAACUGGUUCAUCAAUCAACGGAAGCGACACUGGAGACCAUCGGAAAACAUGCAAUUCGCCGUUAUGGAUAACCUUUCCGGACCAUUCUUUGCAGAUGAUUGAGGUGCUACAUGUAUAUAUGUACUCUCAAAUGCUUCUCCUCAUGAUUCAUGAUCAUAAUCUAUUUAUUAUGCUACAAAUAGUUUGUACCUUAAUCCGGUGUACAUGAUGAUAUGAAAACGCAAACUAUUUACCGGACAUUGAUCUCCGUCCUCGAUAACAAUAGGGGAAAAGGUCUAAUUAUUGUAAUUUGCUAUUUCACCGAUUAAGGUUCUAGAUAAUAAAACGCUUAGUGUUUCAUAUUGUCUACCAAUUUUCUAUCACAUUGGAUAGACUGAUGCUGGUAAAAGUACUGAAAUGCUUAUUUAGCU